AUGGAUGCUUUGAAAGAUGUGGAAGACAGAGCCCAGGCCAUAAUUGACACCACAGAUGAUGCUACUGCCACGGCCAGUGCAAGCCCCAGUGUCACGUCCACCAACGUGCCCAGGAACCAGGAGUUGAAGACCUGGGUGCAGGGACACAUACAUCCCAAAAGCACCACAGCAGAGAGGCCUGGGCGGCCAGGAGUCAAGGUGAGUGCACAGCCUGACUCUGUACCAAAGGCUCCUACCCCAGAAACAGGGGGCAGACCUGGCAGCACCCAGCCCGAGCCACCCACUGUCAUUCCUGGUGCCUCCUCGGGACUCUGCUCUGCCAGCUGUGCCCCUGAGAGUUCCGCUGAGAGUACUCAAAGUACUUUUGAGGGUUUUCCCCAGUCUCCUCCCCAGAUUCAUGUGACCUCCUCCUUCACCUCCACUUUAUUGAGUGUUUUCCAGAGUUCCGCUGAGAGUACUCAAAGAGGACGUCCAGUUCCUCUUCAGAAUCCUGCGAGCUCCUCCAUCUCCUCCACUUUAUUGAGUCUGUUCCACAGUUCCCCUGAGAGUACUCAAAGUCCUUUUGAAGGUUUUCCCCAGUCUCCUCUCCAGAUUCCUGUGAGCCUCCUUCCCUCCACUUUACUGAGUCUUUUCCAGAGUUCCCCUGAGAGUUCUCAAAGUACUUUUGAGGGUUUUCCCCAGUCUCCUCUCCAGAUUCCUCAGAGCCCUACUGAGGGUGAUAACUCCUGGCCCUUUUCCAUAUCCCUCAGAGUCCUCCUGAGGGGGAGGACUCCUCAUGUCUCAUCUCCAUAUUCCUCAGAGUCUCCUCCUGAGGGGGAGAACACCCUUUCUCCUCUCCAGAUUCUUCAGGGUCCUCCUGAGUCAGAGGACUCUGUGACUCCUCUCCAGACUCAUACGUGUCCUCCUGAUGGGGAGGACUUCCAGUCUCCUUCUCCAGAUUCCCUGCUGAGUGGGAAGCACUCGCUUCCUCCUCAGGGGAGUGACUUCCCAGUCUUCUCUCUCCAGAGUCCUGUAACCAUCUGCUCCUCCUCCACUUCAUUGAGUCUUCCCCAGAGUUUCCUGGAGAGUCCUCAGAGCCCUCCUGAGGGGCCUACCCAGUCUCCCCUCUAUGGUCCCUCAGAGCCUUUCCUGAGGGGACGGACUCCCAGUCUCCCUAUUCCUCCGUGUCCUCCUGAUGGGAAGGAUCCCCAGUCUCCUCUCCAGACUCCUCAGAGUCCUCCCAGUGGGAGGACGUCCAGUCUCCUUCAGAAUCCCAAGAGCUCCUCCAUCUCCUCCACUUUAUUGAGUCUGUUCCACAGUUCCCCUGAGAGUACUCAAAGUCCUUUUGAAGGUUUUCCCCAGUCUCCUCUCCAGAUUCCUGUGAGCUCUUCCUCCACUUUACUGAGUCUUUUCCAGAGUCCUGAGAGUUCUCAAAGUACUUUUGAGGGUUUUCCCAGUCUCCCUCUCCAGAUUCCCAGAGCCCUACUGAGGGUGGUAACUCCCAGUCUCUUUUCCAUAGUCCUCAGAGUCCUCCUGAGGGGGAGGACUCCCUGUCUCAUCUCCAUAUUCCGCAGAGUCCUCCUGAGGGGGAGAACACUUUCUCCUCCCUCCAGAUUCUUCAGGGUCCUCUCUGAGUCAGAGGACUCUAGACUCCUCUCCAGACUCAUACGUGUCCUCCUGAUGGGAGGACUUCCAGUCUCCUUUCCAGAUUCUGCUGAGCCUCCUGUCUCCUCUCCAGAUUCUCUGUGUCCUCCUGAUGGGAAGGAUCCCCAGUCUCCUCUCCAGACACCUCAGAGUUCUCCUGAGUGGGAGGACGUUCAGUCUCCUCUUCAGAAUCCUGCGAGCUCCUCCAUCUCCUCCACUUUAUUGAGUCUGUUCCACAGUUCCCCUGAGAGUACUCAAAGUCCUUUUGAAGGUUUUCCCUGGUCUCUCUCCAGAUUCCCCAGAGCUCCUCCUUCCUCCACUUUACUGAGUCUUUCCAGAGUUCCCCUGAGAGUUCUCAAAGUACUUUUGGAGGGUUUUCCCCAGUCUCCUCUCCAGAUUCCUCAGAGCCCUACUGAGGGUGAUAACUCCCAGUCUCUUUUCCAUAGUCCUCAGAGUCCUCCUGAGGGGGAGACCUCUGUCUCAUCUCCACAUCCGCAGAGUCCUGAGGGGGAGAACACCCUUUCCUCUCCAGAUUCUUCAGGGUCCUCUGAGACUUCGCUGUCCUCUCCACUUUCCUCAUAGUCUCCUCAGGGGGAGGACUUCAGUCUCCCCUUCAGAUUCUCAGAGCUCCUUGGAGUGGGAGGACUCUGUCUCCCUCUCCAUUUUCCUCAUAGUCCUCCUCAGGGGAGGACUUCCAGUCUUCUCCAGAGUCCUGUAACCAUCUGCUCCUCUCCACUUCUGCUGAGUCUUCUUCCCCAGAGUUUCCCUGAGAGUCCUCAGAGCCUCCUGAGGGCCUCCGCCCAGUCUCCCCUCUAUAGUCCUCAGAGCUUCCUGAGGGGAAUGGACUCCCCAUCCUCCUGUGAGGGAGGCCUCCCCUGUCUCUCUCUCCAGUAUCCUCAUAGUCCUCCUGUGAGGGAGGCCUCCCUGUCUCCUCUCCAGAUUCCUCCGUGUCCUCCUGAUGGGAAGGAUCCCCAGUCUCCUCUCCAGACACCUCAGAGUCCUCCUGAGUGGGAGGUCUCCUUGUCUCCUCUCCUUUCCCCUCACAGUCCUCCUCAGGGGGAGGACUUCCUGUCUUCCCUCCUGAGUCCUGUGAUUAUCUGCUCCUCCUCCACUUCACUGAGUCUUCCCCAGAAUUUCCCGGAGAGACCUCAGAGACCCCCUGAGGGGCCCGCUCAGUCUCCUCUCCAGAGACCUCUCAGCUCCUUCUUCUACACUUUAGUUGAUCUUUCCCAGAGUUCUCCUGAGAGUCCUGAGAGUCCUCCUCAGGGGCCUGCGCAGCCUCCUCUCCAGCGACCUGUGAGCUCCUCCUCCUCCUCCACUUCAUUGAGUCUUUCCCAGAGUUCCCCUGAGAGUCCUCAGAGUCCUCCUGAGGGGCCCGCCCCAGCCUCCUCCAGAGUUCUGUGAGCUCCUUCCUCCUCCUCCAUUUCCCUUGAGCCCCAUUCAGCAAGAGUUCAGCAGCCCAGUGAUGAAGAUACAAGCACCUCAGACACCUUGCUAGAGAGCGAGUCCUUGACAGACAGUGAGUCCUUGAUAGAGAGCUUGGCUCUGUUCACUUAUACACUGGAUGAAAAGGUGGACGAGUUGGUGCGGUUUCUUCUCCUCAGAUAUCAAGCGAAGCAGCCUGUCACAAAGGCAGAGAUGGUGACGAAUGUCAUCAACAGGUACACGGGCUACUUUCCUAUGAUCUUCAGGAAAGCCCGUGAGUUCAUAGAGAUUCUUUUUGGCAUUUCCCUGAGAGAGGUGGACCCUGAGGACUCCUACGUCUUUGUAAACACAUUAGCGCUCAGCUGUGAGGGGAGUGUGAGUGAUGAGCAGGGUAUGCCUCAGAACCACCUCUUGUUUCUUGUUCUGAGUAUCAUCUUCAUGAAGGGCACCUGUGCCUCUGAGGAGGUCAUCUGGGAUGUGCUGAGUGGAAUAGGGGUGCGUGCUGGGAGGGAGCACUUUAUCUUUGGGGAGCCCAGGGAGCUCCUCACUAAAGUUUGGGUGCAGGAACAUUACCUAGAGUACCGGGAGGUGCCCAACACUGCUCCUCCACGUUACGAAUUCCUGUGGGGUCCAAGAGCUCAUUCAGAAAUCAGUAAGAGGAAAGUAGUAGAGUUUUUGGCCAUGCUCAACAAUACCGUCCCUAUUUCCUUUCCACCCUCGUACAAGGAUGCUUUGAAAGAUGUGGAAGAGAGAGCCCAGGCCCUAAUUGACACCACAGAUGACUCCACUGCCACAGACAGUGCAAGCUCCAGUGUCGUGUCCCCCAGCUUCUCUUCUGAGUGAAGUCGGGUAGAUUAGUCCCUCUGAGUUUGAAGAGGGCGGUCGAGUUUCUGUGUGGUGGAGGGCCCGGCUGAAGCUGGGGAGAACACAGUGCUGUUUGCACUUCUGUUCCAUAUGGGUGGUUAAGGGAUUUACCUGUUUUCCUUUUGGGUAUGUUUCAAAUUCUUUUCCUAUUAAUGACAGGUUUAAAUAGCUUCAGAAUCUUAGUUUAUGAAUAUUAGUCACACGUGUAUUGCUGUUUAUCUGGUUUAAGAGUAACAGUUUGAUAUUUUGUAAAAACAAAAACACACACAAACACACCACAUUGGGAAAACCUGCCUCAUUUUGUGAUGUGUCACUGGUUAAUGUAUUGCUGUAGGAAUUUUCUUGAAACUGUGAAGGAACUCUGCACUUAAAUACUGGAACAAAGUAAAGGAUUGUUAA